CAUCUUAAAUACUAAAUACAUUGUCCAUCAUCUCUCACGAUGGAGAUUUUGCGGGAUGAUGAAGAACAAGAGCUCAAAUAUAAACGUACGGGUCGUUUGGACAUGAGCCAUGGUUUCUUACACCACAUUCGAAGGAACCAGAUUGCCAGAGAUGACUAUGAUAAGCAGGUAAAGCAGGCCAAUGAGCGUCAGAGGGCCAGGCUCACCACUACCCCCCGACGCCCCCGCCGGCCAGAUAUCCAAGUGUACCAUCCUCGACGUGGAAAUGGAUCUGAGUCAGGAGUGGGUGCAGAGACUGAAGAGUGGAAUGAGAGUGGGUCGAGUACAGAGCCAGAGACCCAUGGAACUGAACUCUUCUGGCUGGACUACCAGGCUGACUCUGGCUGUGUCACCUCCUUCAUUGUACACAAGGAGGACAAGCCAGAGAGGGUGGUGGAGCGUGUAGCAGAGAAAAAUGUUCUGGACUCAGCCAUGAGGGUGGCACUGCAGGCCCGGGUUCGAAAGGAAAUGGAUAAACGUCUGGACAAACGCUGAAGGAAGUGAAUGAAGUUAACAGUGAUGAGAGGGGGGAGGAGGAGUCAGAGGCCUCUGUUUACCCUCCAGCCAACCCUCUUCCUGUAUGUAAUGAAUGCUAGUAGCAGAGGACUACUGUGGACCCACAUUCUGAGGGACUGUUAACCAGGAUCUGAAUGACGUCACACAGCCACGCCGUCCCCUCUGUGCUAGUGUACAACCAUGGGGAAAAGACUGACUUACAGAAGGGUAAAAAUGGAGCCGUCCUCACAUCUCUUGUAUUGGGCUGGCAUCUCUGACCCUGGGUCAUGUCUGUAAGGUGCCCUGUGAAACUGCCGUUGUCUUGUGGUUGAAUGGACCAUUGGCUGUCAAACUGCUCCAAAGGACAGAGCUGAGAACAUGGGCCCCUAUCUGAGCCACACCAGGGUAAGGCUGGGCAGUAUACUGUAUUUUAUAAUAUACCGGUAUUGAUACACGGACUGGUUUGGGGUUUUACUUUAUCUUCUGCAUGAUCAAUGCAGCACAUACAACAAUGUUGAUGACAACAAUGCUGUUUUCAUUUUGCUUCUUAAUAUAAAUCUACAAGCAUUCUAUAAUUACACUUAGUUUCUGUUUCUUACAUCUGUAAACAGCUAGUUUGACUUUUCUUAGCAAGUUGGGACUAAAUCCUG